AUGCAGGGCGCCGCACUGUCAGCCUUGCGGCUCCCCUUCGGUUUCGCUGCCGGCGGCGAGUACCAUCGCCGGCGCCAUUGCAGGAGCUCCGGGGGGUUCGGCGUGAGGAUGGCCCUGAGGGAGGACGGGCCUUCGCUGGCGAUAGUCGGCGUCACCGGCGCCGUCGGGCAGGAGUUCCUCGGCGUGAUCUCCGAUCGAGAUUUCCCCUACCGGAGCAUCCGGAUGCUCGCCAGCAAGCGGUCUGCCGGCCGGCGGCUAACCUUCGAGGGCAACGAGUACGUCAUCGAGGAGCUCAAGGAGGAGAGCUUCGACGGCGUCGACGUCGCCCUCUUCAGCGCCGGCGGGUCCAUCAGCAAGGCCUUCGGUCCGGCGGCGGUGGCGCGGGGCUGCGUGGUGGUGGAUAAUAGCUCGGCGUUCCGGAUGGACCCCGAGGUUCCGCUCGUCAUCCCCGAGGUGAACCCGGAAGCCAUGGCCCACAUCAAGGUCGGGUCCGGCAAGGGCGGCCUCAUCGCCAACCCCAACUGUUCCACCAUCAUCUGCCUCAUGGCCGCCACCCCUCUCCACCGCCAAGCCAAGGUACUACUAAAAUGAAACUAGAAGAAGAAAGUCAUUCUCCCUUUUCUGUGUGGAGAGUAAUAAACCCAGGAGUUGCUUGGAGUUUUCUACCAGAGAUUAAUCGUCCUUGAUGGAUGAGAAUGCUUCUACUGGUCGUUAGAGCUCCUCACUUGAGAUAACCUUCGCUAGCUUUCUACACAGAAAAGGAGAAAAAAGUUACUGCUGAGAAAAGAGAAAAGCCACCGAUGAGGCCCACCCAUUUAGUUUAAGGAAAAUAUCAGCCUUCUACCAUACGAUCGAUAUCACAUCGAAGGUUUUGUGCUGAGUCCCCCUUCUUGGGUUCAUGAAUUAUCCAGGUGAAACGAAUGGUUGUCAGCACCUAUCAGGCAGCUAGCGGAGCUGGUGCUGCGGCCAUGGAGGAGCUUGAACUGCAGACUCGUGAGGUCCGGCUGAUGACAAUGUUUAUAUCUUUUAGAAGCCAUCCUUUGUUCCCAAAAGCAGAGCUGGAUGUGGAAAUUCCUGAUACUUUUUAUCGUCCAUUAACAGGUUCUUGAUGGCAGACCACCUACUUGUAAUAUCUUCAAGCAGCAGGUUGGUUUUUUUUCCUCUCUCCCUCUUCAUUUCCUUCUCUGGUUGACAGAAAACAACAUAUCCUCAGAACUCAUGUUCUUGAUUUUUUAUAUUGUAUUCAUCAGUAUGCGUUCAAUCUGUUUUCACACAAUGCACCAGUCCAGCCGAAUGGUUACAACGAAGAGGAAAUGAAACUAGUCAAGGAAACAAGAAAAAUAUGGGUAAUCCUCUUCAACCCAAUCAAGAUGGCAUAAUUUUUUUUUCGUGACAUUUGGAAUCGUAGAAUGAAGAAGAAAUUAAAUUUAUUCGCGGAAUAAAAAUGCGGGCAUUCCUUUGCAACCCAAAAGAAGAUUUUUUAUUUUUUAUUUUCUCUUAGUGAUCUAUGGAGCUUUUUUAUAUAUGGAGUUUUUCUUCUCCUGCAGAAUGAUGAGGAGGUCAAGGUGACUGCCACCUGUAUUCGGGUCCCCGUCAUGCGUGCACAUGCUGAAAGUGUGAACCUCCAGUUCGAGAAGCCUCUGGAUGAGGUGAUGCAUGAACAUUAUUGACUAAUCAAUUAAUUAGGAAACUAAUUUUCAGUUCUCCUUGGUUCUUAGAUCAUUUUUGCUAAUUUUACCCGCGUGGACCUGUUGAUACUUUCUAAUCUCUCCCAUGCGAUAUUUUAUAUGAUGAUCGACUCUUUCAACGAAUUCGAACAUCAUGUCAAGACCUGGUUAAGAGUGGGGUUGACCUGGCUUCCAUGUUAAACUCACCAGGACACUGCGAGGGAGAUCUUGCGGGGAGCUCCUGGUGUGGUCGUCAUUGAUGACCGGGCUUCCAAUCACUUCCCUACUCCCUUGGAGGUCUCUCUCUCUCUCUCUCUCUCUCUCUCUCUCUCUCUCUCUCUCUCUCUCUCACACACACACACACACACACACACACACACACACACACACGAUGUCAUCUGGACUAAUUGACGACUUGCAGGUGUCAAACAAGGAUGAUGUUGCAGUGGGACGGGUUCGGCAGGAUAUUUCCCAAGAAGGAAAUCAUGGGUAACUGAUCCUACAUUAUUCGAGCCGCUCAGGUUUUAUUCUCUGCGGAUCUACCGUCGGUCUUAGAGGGAGGGCUUUGUUUCAGGUUGGACAUAUUCGUGUGCGGAGAUCAAAUACGCAAAGGAGCUGCGCUCAACGCCAUCCAAAUCGCGGAGAGACUUCUCUAG